AUGGCCUUCCAAAACGGCCACCGCGAUGUGUCCAUUGUGGACAUUCGUCAAGGAGGGUUAAACAUCUCUCUUGUUGAUGAAAUCCAUCAGAAGCUCAAUCCGGGCAAAGGGCAGGAGAGAAGAAUGCCAACGCUGUUGCUGUAUGAUGAGGAAGGACUGCAGCUCUUCGAGGAGAUCACAUAUCUAGAAGAGUAUUAUCUGACGAAUGCUGAGAUUGAGACCCUCACCACUCAUGCAGAAGCAAUUGCAAGAGUGAUAGAGCCGGGCUCACAGGUCAUUGAGUUGGGCAGUGGGUAA